AUGCAGGCGCAUGUACAGGCGCAUGUACAGGUUAUGGGAACUGAUAGGAGGGCGGUAAAGGGGCCGGAGUCUCUGCGAUCUGCCAAUCACCUUUCGGGGUCGUCAUCGCCGACGUCAGUGGAGUCGAUUGGUACGCCGCUGAAACAGAUGCAAGGAGGCGGUGGGGUGGUUGGGCCGGUGCACAGUGAUGAUAAAGCGGCGGUUGUGGUGGCGGUUCGUGAAGAUGGGGCAGGGUAUCCGAUUCAUGAACGGGCGAGUUUGGUUGAGAAGGGCCCGUAUAUUGAAGAUUUGGAGGACGAGAAAGUACUGCUGAACCGCACACUGAGUGGUCGGCGCGCACUCAAGUCGCGGCGGGCAGCGGGUCAAGAGGCGGUUAAGAUGCCUGCACCUCCGCGGGAGUCGCAGAAGCACGCACGGAUCUUCCCCGUGGAAGCGCACGAGAAUAGGUCUAGGAUUUCCAGCGAUGUUGGUGGCGCCAGCGUGGCCAGCGUGGCUGCCGCUGCUACUACGAUCGCUAGUGCAGACGCUGGUGCUGGGUCGGUCGCUACGGCUACGGCUGCCGCUGCCACAGCAGCUGCACUGCGCCGACGGUCCUCCGUUUUUCUGAACGAUGGGACCAUCAAGGCAUCUGAAUCAGCUACGGCAGAGAUCAAGAAGAUGCGUGAAUCUUUGUUAAUCAAGAGGGAGAUGAAGCGCAAACAAAAGCAUUUUCUAGAUGAUGAUCGUGUGCUUGUCGGUAACAAAGUCAGCGAGGGCCACGUCAACUUUAUUAUCGCGUACAACAUGCUCACGGGUAUCCGCGUCGCCGUUUCGCGGUGUUCGGGCAUCAUGAAGCCGUUAACACCCAGGAACUUCCAUCAAACUAAAAAACUUGCAUUUGAUUACCACGGUAACGAGUUGACGCCGAGCUCACAGUACGCCUUCAAGUUUAAGGACUACUGCCCUGAAGUAUUUAGAGAACUUCGGGCUCGGUUCGGACUGGAUCCAGCCGAUUACUUGAUGUCAUUGACUUCCAAGUAUAUUCUAAGCGAGUUGAACUCACCGGGUAAAUCAGGAUCCUUCUUCUACUUUUCCAGAGACUAUAAGUAUAUUAUUAAGACGAUCCAUCAUUCCGAGCAUAAACAUUUGAGACGCGUGUUGAAAGACUACUACUAUCACGUAAGAGACAACCCAGAUACUCUUGUUUGUCAGUUUUAUGGACUACAUCGGGUUAAAAUGCCAAUUUCUUUUAAAAAUAAAGUUAAAAAUAGAAGAAUAUACUUCAUUGUGAUGAAUAAUUUAUUCCCUCCACAUUUGGAAAUGCAUACCACGUUUGAUUUAAAGGGUUCUACACUGGGUCGGUACACUGAUGUUUCCAAAGUUGACGAAGACGUCCGCCCUGUACUAAAGGAUUUAAAUUGGUUGGAACAACAACUGAAUAUUCAGUUUGGUCCUUUCAAAGGACGUAAAUUUCUCACCCAGUUGAAGAAGGAUGUCGAAUUCCUCUCACGCUUAAAUAUCAUGGAUUAUUCUUUGUUAUUAGGAAUUCAUGACAUUAACGCAGCAGCAGCCAGUGGUGAUGAUAUACCUGCGAUGAUACCGGAGUCAUCAGGAAAAUUUGCCACCAAACUCCCUAAUAACACUAAUAACACCAUCACAAAGGCUGUAGGCGGCCAUUACUUCCAGAGGGACGAAGGUGGUAUACGGGCUUCCGACUCGGAAAACAGAGACCUAAACAUAAUAUACUACGUCGGUAUCAUUGACUGUCUAACCAACUACUCUCUUUUGAAAAAAUUAGAAACCUUUUGGAGGGGGCUAAGUCACGAUCUGUAUGCGGUAAGUGCUAUUCCGCCCAACGACUACGCCUUAAGGUUUUAUAAAUUCAUAGAAGAAUCUGUCACUAGAGACAAACCACACACUAAGAAUGAAUAG